AUGCAGGAUCUUAAAACGCAGGCUUUUACUGUAUUCAUCAUUUUAUUGCUUGGAAAUCUUGUAAUCCUAGAAUGCGAAGCUUGCAACGAGACUCACGUGGGUGCAGACAGUGGUGUCCUUCAGUCUCCGAAUUUCCCGCACAAUUACCCGAAUGAAGCCUACUGUUCCUGGAAUAUCAGAGUCAACCAAUCACAGCACGUGUUUUUGAUGUUCUCAUCAAGUUUCAGUUUACAGGCUGAAAACAACACAGAUGUCAUUCUUGUGUACGAUGGAGGGAAUACCACAGGGGAGGAGUUGGGAGUGUUUUACGGAGGACACCCGCCCCCUCAGGAUGGACUCUAUUCAUCAGCAAACCAAAUGUUUGUGGUUUUUAAAACGGACAACAACAAAUCUUUCUCCGGUUUCCAAGCUUCCUAUCACGCCUUAACGUGUUCCGGUAAGGAUGUUUCAGAACAACUGACCUUCUUCUAGGCCACAAUGCAGUUUCCAUUCAAAUUUUCAAAGGCAAUAGGCCACUUCCGAGUUCCGAAAACCCUCACUUUCAAAAUGAGGCCAAGUGCACAGCCAUUCUUGUGAAAUUGAGUUUUAUUUGCAUGAGAAUGAAAAAUCAUCUCCAUAUCAAUGGCUAAGCACUAGUCGUUUUGAUACAGAGGCCCAGGGGAACUCGGAUAUGGCCUACCUUGCAUUGCCAUCAACCUCGAGACAGGCAGAGGGAGCAAUCUUUUUACGUAACUUCGCGCGGUAGCUUCAAGCCUUGACGAAGACCGGCGAAUGAAGGCGUUGUUGAAACUUCACUUUUAAAAUCAUGUUUAAAUCGUUGUAGAUUAUAAACACUACUUAUCGACCGAGAGUGAUGUCCGAGAUUACAGGGAAAUCUCAGACCGAGGCUUUGAUGUAAUAGGGAGCUUAUAAGCAACAAGGACGGCGACGGCUACAAACGUCACUUAUUCGCUUAUUCUGUCUCGUUUAAUUCGUGAAAUGUUGGCAAAUUUUUUUGGAGUUAAGUUCUAAAGGACUGUAUCAAAGUUCAGGAAAGAAAAAGAAACUUGUUGUUGUGUGUUCCCGUCCUCGACAAAACUGCGUGCAACAACAGCAAAGAAAUGUACAAUAAAGCGUGAUGCACGUGCAACGUUGUUGUUUUGCGAGUAUAAACCUUUUCCUUUUUGGCCGUUGUCGUUGCCGUUCGCUGUCUUCAUUGCUUAAGCUCCCUAUCUAUACAUCGAGGCCUCGGUCUGAGAUUUCUCUGUAAUGACCAAACGCACGAGGUUAAUAAGUUCUUUAUUAUAUGGCCUUUUUAGCGUCUUUUUCUUUAAAGUUGACUUCCAACACAGGGAAAAAAAACCUAAACAAUAACUUAAAGUCAUAGCAGCCUAACACUGUCGGCCCUUGCCAUAGGGUACUUUGAGGUCUUGUCUAAGUGGGCUACGAAAUUCCACUACCUCUUGACUAUUUUCUAUUGUUUGUUUCCUUCUUUGACAUAUUUUUUCCUUGAAAUAUAUAGAUCCUCUUGGAAUGGAAAGCGGGGCCAUUUCUGAUGCUCAAAUAAGUGCAUCUUCACAUUAUACCAAGAACUGGCGACGUGACUAUUCUGCAAAAAAGGCAAGGCUAAAUUCGAGACAUUCGUGGAGUAAUAACGGAUGCUGGGCAGCGGCUACAAAUGAUCUUCACCAGUGGCUUCAAGUGGACCUUGGUGGUUACACCAAAGUAACACGUGUUGCGACUCAGGGAAGUGGAUACGGACUCUCAGAAUGGGUGACAAAGUUUAAGAUCCGGUAUAGCUCUGACGGAGUCAUAUGGCAAUUUUACAAAGAGCCUGGUAAUUCGAAUGCUUCAGCAAAGGUGCGCUGGACUUGCUAAAUAGGGAGCUUAAGCAACGACGACGGCGACGGCAACGGCAAAGAGGACGGCAAAAAAGCAAUAGGUUUGAUUAGCAAAACAAGAACUUUGCACGUGCAUCACGUUUUUUAGUACAUUUCUUUGCCGUCGUUUCACGACCACAACGUAAAAGUGCCCAAAUUCACGUUUUGUCGAGGACGGGAACACAAGACAACAACUUUCUUUUUCUUUUCCUGAAAUUUGUUACAGUACUUAGGACGAUAAAGUUUGAAGCAGCGCGAAUUUUGUCACUUCUUAAGUGACGUUUUUGUAGCCAUCGCCGUCGAUUUUGUUUAAGUGCGGGUAAAUAAUGGCCGCUCUCCAAGCUGAAGGAGAAUUUAAGCAGUGUUAUAUUGUUGAGUACUCUAGACGUGACUGGCAGAAAUCUACAUUUUUAUCCAGUUAUAUUACAAGUCUUAAUUCUAUGCUUUGUGCAAUCAUUUUUAUUAAUUCGGAGAAAAAUUUCGACCUUGCGCCACUGCAACUACGGGACUAAAGUCCUCGGGGCCUCCGGAUUACAGUUCCAGCGUUCUCACUGCUAAGCCGCCCUGCCUCAAAGGACUGCUUAGUAUUGUCAUACACGUAAAUGAUUCUUUUUCCAGGUGUUUACUGGGAAUUCUGGCGGUCCCAAUAGAAUUGUUUAUAAGCGACUGAAUGAACCCAUCUUGGCACGAUAUAUUCGAGUUGUGCCGGUGGCAUGGUUUAACCACAUAACGAUGAGAGUGGAAAUCUACGGUUGCCAAGGUACUCUUUUAUUUAUUAUAUCCAUUUUGAAAUCAUUGGUGAUCCCUGCAAUCUGACUGGCUUUCAGCAUUAUAGUUUCCUCACGAGUCUUACUUUUUUUCUUUUUUUUUUUACCCUCAGUCGUAUUCUAAAUCCCAUCAUUUCUCUUCUAAGUUGCACCCGGAGUGGUAAAUGGAUGAAAAUCGGUAUAGAUAAAAAUCGAUAGCAAUCAAGUGAUUUUUAUCGAUUGAUAACGGAAAUCGGUGGAAAUUGAUAGACUAAAUUGCUGAUUUUAACGAUUUAUAACGGUAAGUCCGACAUUGUUGUUUUUUUGGCAUAAGUUACAUAGUACAGCUGAGAAAACACAUCCACGAGUAACAACUGAUCAACAAACAUGAAAAUAAAAAAUAUGGAAACUAUUACAGACGCAAGAUUCUCUCUAAAACCGUGACCCUUUUGCACAUAAUAACAAGAACGGUUCGGUUUUAUUACAUUCGCAGUUCUGGCAGGCAAGUACCACGAGAAAUACAACUUUAGAUAAAAGAUUUUCCAGCCAGAAUUUCAGACAUCCUCUGGAGUGUCUAGAGUCGAAGGGAUGCCUGAAACUCAGGCUAAAAGAUUUCCCUAGAUAGCUUUUCACCGUUUUCCGUUAUCAAUCAAUAAAAUCAAUUGAUCACUAACGAUUUUUAUCGAUUUCGAUUUUUAUCUAUUGGCUAGAGGAAGUAACUACACGUGGAACUGAUGUUAUUUUGACAGGGUGGCAGAUCUAAGUCGUGAAAAAAGUACAUUUAUUCAUAUUCAAACUAAAUUUUCAUAUAUUCAAACUAAUCUAAACUCAAUAUUCAAUAUUCCGAUUCCACCCCCUUCUUCCCACAUGCAUGAUCAUUCGCCAUGUUCUAAAAGAGUGAAAAAAAAUCUGGAUACGAUAUACGACCACAAAGUUUCUUGGGAUCGUUUGGAGGCACAACAUGAAAGUCAAUAAACAGGUCGUAACGCUACAUGUCGUUACAAACUGCAAUGAUAAGUUAAGAAAUGCAACUAUUCUUUACUCAUAAUGUACUACAGAACUCUCAAAGAGCCUAAUGCACCAACUAUGUCUCCUUCAGUCUGAGUAACCUUCAGAGCGUUUUUAAGAGGUGACCUGCUGCUCUCCGCCAUGGUUUUGCUCUGUAUUUAUAUUGUCCACUGUUUCUUUGAUCUGUAACUAUAUUGUCCUACCGUUAAGGGUCCGCUACCAUAAUACUCCAACAUUUUAAUUUCUACUUAUCGUUAUUGACUGUAUUACAGGUUGUGUAGCUUCACUUGGUAUGGAAAAUGGAGUAAUCUCUGAUGCCCAGAUAAGUGCCUCUUCUCAGUGGGAUGACAAUCAUGGUCCACAUAGAGCUCGAUUGAAUAGGAGAAGGUUCGGAAACAAGAGGGGAGCCUGGAGCUCUUUAAACAAUGACAUUUAUCAGUGGCUUCAGGUUGAUCUUAGGACAUAUACCACAGUGACUCGCAUAGCGACUCAGGGCAGAAGUGAUUUGAACCAAUGGGUUACCAAGUACAGGUUACAGAACAGUGAAGACGGAGUGAACUUCCAUUUUUACAAAGCACUAGGACAAGAUUCACCAAAGGUACGCCCAGGUAGUAUUCUUCUCGCCUUAUUUUAAGUAAUCCGGAUAAUUCCGGAAUUCGGCAAACUUUUGCUUAAUUCGUGAUCCGGCAAGACGGUGAUGCUUGUGGAAUCCGAAAUCCUGUUAAUGAAGCUCAAAGAAUCCGAAUAUUCCGCUAACGAUUGGAAUCCAGAAUCUAGUGCCUGGAUUCUGGUGGUGGAUCCCACACCGUGGAAAAACGCACUGCGCAUAAGCACAAGAUUUAACAUUCGGUCAGCUUUUUAUUUCUGGUCUAGUAAAUGAACCAAUUGCGUAAGCAUAACAUUGCCGUCGCGCCAAGUUUAAAGCAUAAAAGCAGAAACAGACAAAAAAGGGGGCGAAAAAAAUCAAAGUUUGGACCCUUCCCUUCCCCCCCCCCCCCCCAAAACACAAAUUUUAACAUUCGGGAAGUGUUUGUUGUCGGGUUAAGGAAAUAAACCAAUUGGGAAAACAAAAAAUUGCCGUCGGGCAAAUUUAAAAACAAAAAAGAAAAAAAGAAAAAAAAAGGGGGCAAAAAAAACAAAAGUUUGGCCCCUUCCCUUCCCCCCCCCCCCCCAUUCAAAAAUUCCUGGAUCCGCCCCUGUCUACGUUGCUUGGUUGUUGUUGUUGUUAUUAUUAAUUAUUAUUAUUAAUUUGCUGUAGUUAAUAAAAUUCAUUUAUAGUUCAAAAAGUUUCGAGCCAAUUAUAAUUAAAAAUAUAUCAGUGUAUAAAAUAAUUGUUUAUUAUGUUUGGAUAGUUGUUUGAAGGAAACAAAGACAGAAACACCAUUGUUUACCAAACAUUAAGCCAGCCAAUCAGAGCGCGUUAUGUCAGGAUACUUCCGGAGGCUUGGUACGGUCACAUAUCGAUGAGAAUGGAACUCUACGGCUGUUCAGGUAUUUUUUUAAAAAAACUGCCUCAGGAUUGUUCAUUUUUUUAAAAGUAACCCAUCUUAAUAAGACUUUUGAUAAGGCAGAACAUACGUGGAAACAAAAAGCUAGGCCGACUGUCUAGCCAAUCCGGAAUUAUUUGAAAAUUCUUCAGGGGCGUCUCUAUCUCCUGAAGAGGUCAGAAGCUGUCCUAGUGGACUUUCUCAAAGCCCCCCGCUUUCAAUUUCUUCUUCCGGUAGUAGCUCACUUUUGCCGCAGAAGACAAAAAAAUCUCCCGCCCGUGCUUCGCGCUCGGGAAAAUUUUUUAGCCCGACUUGAGGGUAAGCCUAGUAUCCCAGCUGCAUGUGCAGUCAGCCUUGAUUUAUUUAUUUAUUCUAAGACCUUCCUGACGUGAUGAAAAUUGAUGAAAAUUGAAAUCAAAAUGGAGGCCCGAAACGGAAGGCUCUUGAUCUGGACGAUCUUGCGGGACUGUGAACAAUCUACCCAUGGCAAUUGAUACCGUUGUGGUGUUCCCACAACGAGGUUCUUUGUCUACCAUUCCUGAUCGAAUUGGUUGGUUUCCGAUGAGAUAAGAAAAGCGAAUCCGGGAGUACCCCGCAACGAUAAAACAUUCUGUAUGUAAUCGGAUAUGAUGUCCCUUGACUUUCGCGUAGAUGUGUCCUAUAAUUGCUUUCUGAAUUUUACCGAAUAGAACAUUACAAUAACCACACAACAGACAGUUAUCAUAUUAAGAGUUUGUAUUUAACAGGUUGUAUAGCUCCUCUUGGGAUGGAAAGUAGAACAAUUCUUGAUGCUCAGAUAAGCGCAUCUUCACAAAUGGAUAGCAACCACUCUGCAUCACAUGCAAGGCUGCAUUUGCUGGCAGAUGGGAGCACAUUUGGCGGCUGGUCUGCUCUCACAAAUGAUGUCAACCAAUGGCUUCAGGUGGAUUUCGAUAGCUACACGCUAGUUACACGGAUAGCGACCCAAGGGGAGAAUGGCUACAGCAACUGGGUGACCAAAUACAAGUUAAAGUAUAGUGAUGAUGGUACUACCUUCCAGUUUUACAAAGACGUCGGAGGUACAUCUCCAAAGGUACUCCGUGAUCAGCAUCAAAUUUCUCCUUGUAAUGUCAAUGCUUUGUAAAACAGAGUGUUCAUGAGAAUUACGGACAUGAUCACACGAGAUGAAUUUGCCUGAUAUUUUUAUCAACUUCUCCCACUACUUCUGUAGGAAAUGAAUAGGGGCAACAAAUGAGAAUUCAAAGAAGUGUUUGAAGGGUUAACAAACCUCAAGGUGUAGUCCAUCCCAUCCCUUCAGACCUCCACCCUGAGUCAGACUCUAUCAACUGCUACCCUCCUUAACCCAUUCGCUUCUAAGCCGCCAGUAACCGCCCGUGCGGAUCCACGUCCUUUCUACCGCCUGUAAUGUCAUUACUUUUGAUGGUCGAGGACAACUUUGUCCGCUAACUUAAGCAGAGUGAAUAGAUCUUUCAAACCACACCAUAAUGAGUACAAUUCGGUCAAGGACACCUGAGAAAAAGUCAAAAAACCACGUAACAUUGACCUGAAAAUUUCCAUGAAAAUCUUGUUCCACUACCCACCUACCUUUCCUUUCAUCUAAUCCUAAGAUCCUAAAAGCUUUCCUAAAAACUUUUUCCUCGAAAAUGAAGCCUACUAAAUUCCGAGGAAGAGAAAACAAAAAUGAGGCGAGAAAAGCAAAAAAAGAGGGGAGGAGAGAAAGCGAAAAGUAAAAGUCAAGACUGUUGUGUCACUUUUAAACCCAAGAACCCGAAAUUUUUGCUUUCUGCGCAUAACCGAACUUCGCAAGCUACAAUUGUGCAUCUGGAUCAGAAGGCCGAGAAGUGUACGACCUCUACACGGCUUUGUGGUAAGUUUUCGCUCUUUAUAGCAUGACAGUGACCAGAAAACCGCUCGACUAGCCUCAAAACGGGUUUUCCGGCAAAAUCUCCAGGGGCGAAUGGGUUAAAUAGAUUUCAAUACAGUCAAACCCAGUUAAUAGGGACACUGAGCAGGCCAUAGAAUGUGUCCGUAUCAAAAAUUUAAGGAAUGCCUUUCCCUAAGAACAAACCAAACUACCCGUAAUAACUAGAUGUCCGUAUUAGGCGGGUGUACGUUAAGCAGGGUUCGACUGUAUUUUAAUUUAUUAUUUUUCGGUUGGAUCGGUAAUUUAUAGUCACCAUUUUCACAUAGACCAUAAGGCAUCUUGUUUACCCCAAAAAAUUUUGCAUAACCAUUGUUUCCAAUUUCUCUUGGGUAUUACAGUUGUCCCAAGAGAAAUCGAAGACAAUAGUUAUGCAAAAUUUUUGAAUGUAAACAAGGUGCAUUAUGGCCUAUGGAGAUCGAGGAGGGUGUUAACACCCUCCAAGAUCUCCAUAAUUCUUCAUAUGAUACGAAAGCCGAAUUCAAUAAUUGUUUUAUUAUUCAUUCAAAAUAAUUCCUAGUUUAAAAGCGUAGCUAAAACAUGCUUACCUCUAUCGAUGCUAAGUUCAUCUUCGAUAGAGCACGUUUAGGGUUGUUCAGCUCCGCAAAUAUUCUCCAAAUAGUAGAUGUCGCCCUUCGAGUUGUCUUCCUACUGUUCUUGCCACGUUUUUAGCUAUUACUUCGCCUAGUUCUUCCUCUUGAAUCACCAUUUUUGUUGUCACAACCAAAACAACUCAACCUCGUCCCCAGGUCUUCUCGGUUAACGGUGCAUUAACCUGCAAGAAAGCUGUACGGUUAUCAUUAGAUCCCAUCGACCGUAGCCCCUUCGGACACCUCAUGAAAUUUACACAACGUUGUUUUCCCCUUUUCUAAUUAGGGUUAAGCAGUGCCUUUUAUAGAUUAGAGUUAAGCGCUGUCUUUACAGAUUAGGGUUAAGCACUGCCUUUACUGACAAGGGUCAAGCACUGUUUCGAAACUGGUUGAUGCAAAAUGUACUUAAAUUAUUUCCCUCUCGUCCAACAAAUCCUUAGUGGUCUAGUGGUUAGCGUGGUGAACUGGUUCUUCUGAUCUUGAGUUCGAAUCCUGCUGUCCAUCAUUACAAAAAUUUUUUCUUUUAAAUUGAAGAGACUUGCACUUUCAUGAACAUUUCCAUCUUAAAAUAUCAUCUAAGUGUGGUGUAAAAGCAGAAAACAGUCCUUCCUUGUGUAAAUUUCGUAAGGGGAGAAAGGGGCUACGGCCGAUGGGAUCUAAUGCUGACCAAGCUGCACUUUUGACGUCAUUGGUUGAUUAAUCGCAAAAUUCUUCCAAAUUCGGUCAUCAGUAGCUGGUUAUGGUGAAUUAUGCCUGUGCUUUUAGCAAAUCAGAAUCGGGGAAAUAUUUUGAAUGAAUAAUAAUCAUUUUGAAGUCGAUCUCCGGGGACAGUUAUUAAAACACAGUUUUAUCGUAACUUUCAGGUGUUCAGUGGAAACACAGAUAGUGAAACGGUUGUGUACAACAAACUUCCAUCGUCGAUCAAGACACGCUUCAUUCGUCUUUUGCCAACGCAGUGGAGAAAUCAGAUUUCAAUGAGGAUUGAAGUUUACGGUUGUCCA